AUGGCGGCCAAGAAGAAACGCGGGCCGAGCGCAGUACGCAGGCGAGGCACCGCGGUCGAGGAGCCGCUGUCGGAGCAUGCGCUGUACUUGCAGCGCGAAUACGCGCUGUUGACUGAACAGCUGCAAGCCUGCGAGGAGCGCUUGGACCACGUGCUGCAGGAGAACGCCUUCCUGGACCGCGAAGCACUGCGCCUGCGCGAGGAGAAUCGGCUCUACGCCAGCUACGUAAGCGCGCGCGCACAGCGCUGCGCCAACGCCGUGGUGAGGCUGGACGACCAGAACCGCAUGGAACUGGCGCAGAUCCGCUGGCAGCGGGCCGAACUGUCUACGCUCUACCAUGGGCGCGAGGACAGCGUGCGCGCACAACUGCUGGAAAUGGAGUCGCGCGCUGCGUGCAUGUCGCGCCAGGUACAGGAGCUGCAACCCUACAAGGAGCUGCAGCUGGAGCAACUAGCACGGAUCCGGACGCUGGAGCGAGAGCUCCUGCACAUGCGCGUGGAGCACACACAGCAGUUACACCGCGUGAAGCAGCGCUUCCUGGAAGACAAGGCGGCCUUGGAGCGAGAGGCGCGCCAGCGCGUGCAGUCCCUGGGACGGCGCUCCGAGAGGGAGGCCGCGCGUGCGCUCAUCGCGUACACGCAGGCCAUCAAGGCGGACAACGGGCGCCUACGGCAGGAGCUGUUUCGGCUGCUCCACCGGGCCCAGCUGCUGCAUGACACACGGCGCCAGCUGCUGGAAAAGCGUGACCAGCUGCAGCACGAGCACGAGGACACACGGAACCUAGCGCGUGUGCAUGGCUGGCUGCGCCGGGGCCCCGGGGGCCCACCGCUGUGGCAUCCGCCACCCGCCAGCUCUAGGCCCGGCUCCCUUGCAGACUCAACAGACAAGAGGCACGUGGCUUCCAGGCCCCUGUCCGUGACUCCUUUGGAGAUGAGCUCCAGGGUCCGGUCUCGCCGGGUCUCCCGGGUCCAGGCGCAUGCAGUUUCGCGGGUCCCGUCCCUGGUCCCUUCGCCCUCGAACUCAGGGACUCCCACCCUGCUCCCGUCUAACGAGAGCUCUAGAAUCGCUUCGCGGUCGUCGUCUGGCCCGGCCACCCAGGAUGCCGUCUUCCCUGAGUCUCCGCGAUCUCUGCAGUCAAAGGAGACCCUGAACAGCGACGCGGCGUCCGAAGCAGUCUCAGGAAGAAUCUGA